UUCCGGGUGUUUUCAGACAAGAUGAAAACCUAAGAGCACAUGUCUAACUUAAAGAUAGAUAUUUGACAUAAUGCGUCAUUGAAGUGAAAAACCCUGUCGUUCCAGCCUGUCGUAAAGCAGAGUGCCGUACUGCAGUUGGUGUUGUUGUGAGGAGCUGAAACAGCAGAAGGAUGUGGAUAUCACAAUUAAACACUUUGGCUUUUUUAUUAGCUUUUGUAGGACGGUACCACACGUCAGCUCUUCAGGAUGUAACCACGGACCUCUUCGGUGUCGAGAACUACGGGACGGUGGCGGCGUUUGGAGAUUUUAACUCGGAUAAACAGACAGACAUCUUCAUGAUCAGAGAGCAGUCUGAACUGGUCAUAUUCCUGGCUGACUCGAAAAUACCCUACUUCAAGCCCAAAGUCCAAAACGUUAAAAACUCUUUGCCAAGGAACACCAUCAUCACCAGCGUGGUUCCUGGAGACUAUGAUGGAGACUCACAGAUGGAUGUUCUUCUCACAGCUCAGAUCAGUCCCAAAGCAGCAACAUCUGUUUUCAUCUUCUGGGGGAACAACCAGACAUUAGAUAUGGAUUGGCUCAGACUGAACAAGACCUUCACAGAUCAACCCCUUGUGAUGGACUUCAAUGGGGACAUGAUCCCAGAUAUUUUUGGAGUCACCGACUCGGCACUUACUGAAGUCUGCUAUCUCACCAACAGGGUUCAAGUGUGGCAGAAUGCACUGACUUCACCUAUCAAAAUGCGAAACCCUCACUCUAAUGCUUUCAUUGACCUCAACAAGGACUUCACAGCUGAUUUAUUCCUGACAACUGAAGGCCCAGCAUUUGAGACCUGGCUCAGCAAGGACGGGAACUUCACCAAAUCUGAAAUCAUGCCUGCAAAGCCACCAGCCAGCGUUGUCGGACAGUCCUCCUUUGUCGACUUCGAUGGUGAUGGCUAUCAGGACCACCUCCUCCCUGUGUGUUUGGAUGGAGCCUGUCAGCGCAGUGCCAUCUACCUGGCCAAGUCAGGCUCACAAGAGUGGGUACCGAUACUGUCAGAUUUCCAGCAGAGGGAAACAGUUUGGAGUUUUGUGCCAGCGAGCCUCAGCCAACCCCUGGCCCUGCACCUUGGGGACUACAACCUGGAUGGCUUCCCUGAUGCACUGGUGGUCCUGCGCAACACCAGUGGAAGUGUUCAGCAGGCCUUCCUGUUGGAGAACGUGCCCUGUAACAACGUCAGCUGCCAUAGUGUGGGAAGAAUGUUUCACAUCCACUGGGACCAAUCAGAUUUGGGAGCCAUCCAAAAUGCCAUAAUGGCAACAUUCUUUGACAUCUACGAGGAUGGUAUAUUAGACAUGCUGGUUCUGAGCCAGACAACGGGCAGAAAUGAGUUGAUCAUCCACGCUUUAAAGAACAAUUUUGAAGCUGACGCCUACUUCGUUAAAGUGAUGGUGCUCAGCGGCCUCUGCUCCAAUCGCUGCCCAGAAGAUGUGAAGCCCUUUGGUGUUAACCAGCCAGGUCCCUAUGUCAUGUACACCACAAUGGACUCCAAAGGUUACCUGAAAAAUGCCUCAGCCGGUCAGUUGAGCCAGUCUGCUCACUUCUCCCUGCAGCUGCCCUACACUGUGCUGGGCCUUGGACGCAGCGCCAACUUCCUGGACCACCUUUUUGUCGGCAUCCCCCGGCCGCCUGGAGACACGGACCUAAGGAUGCAGGAGUGGACGGCCAUCAUUCCCAACUCUCAGCUCAUUGUCAUCCCCUUCCCACACGACCAGCCCCGCAGUUGGAGCGCUAAACUGUACCUGACUCCUAGCAACAGUGUGCUGAUGACGGCCAUCGCACUGAUCGGAGUGUGCGUCUUCAUCCUCGUCAUUAUUGGCAUCCUGCAUUGGAAAGAGAAGAAAGCAGAUGACCGAGAGAAGAGACAGGAAGCCCACCGUUUCCAUUUCGAUGCCAUGUGAAGUGCAUCAUGGGAGAACAUCCUCUCCUGCACUCCUCCGCCCGGCUGCCACCCUCCUUCUCACACACACACACACACACACACGGAAACACACAUUUUCGCACAGGCUCAUUUCAAGGGCCAAUAAAUUGUUCCUCAUUUGCACCAAAACGUUUCUUUUUGAUAUUUUUCAGUCCUCGAGUCAGAUGUAAAAAAUACAUGCUCCACUUAAUUUAUUCAUUCCAGUGUUAGAAGUACAGAAGCUGCAACAAGGCCAUGGAAACACAAGAGAAAUCCUAAUGGAGAUCACACACAAGUGUAAAGCAGGGGUUUCUUGGACUAUUUUGACAAAAUGACAGAUUUCUGUUGAAUUGCCCAACGAGUUAUGAGCAAUGUUACUUGAAACCCAGUUGUGUGUUACUGUCUAUUGUCUUUGUCCUGUUGAUUCGCCUCCUGUUUCCAUUUGACUGAGCUGUUGUUAAGGAAUCCUUCAUUUUAUAACCUGGGAAAUGAAAGUGAACGGAAUUCUGUGAUAUCGAUCUGCGCCUCGCGACUGCAGCAGCAACUGGGGCAAUGUGAACAAAAACGGACGAGUGCUUUUUUCUGCCACCAAUCUCACCAAAAAUGGUGAAUGGCCGUCAGGUUUGCUGAGAGAAAAUUCAUCUUUCUCACUCUUGACUGUAUCACAGUGCAUCAUGGGAGUGCCAAAAAGCUUCUGUAUAUCAUCCUGCAAAUGUCUAAUGCUACUGCACUGAGGCUCAGUGACAACUCUUACAACUGUCCCUCCAGCUUGUUUCAUCUUGUUGUCCAUCUGAAAGUUAAUCUGCUGUACAUUUGUAUUUAUUUUACAAGAAUGAGCUCAUGCCUUUCCAUGUGAUUUGCACUUUUUUAACUACUGAUUAACAAUGGCUGUUUGUAAUUUAUUUUGUUUUGUGGAUUUUAUUUGCAGCUGAAUGUUGAAGCUACUAAAUGUGUUGACUUACUUAGGUUGAUAAUAAAGAUUUGUCCUGUUUCAAUCGA